AUGGGGCAAGAUGAGGACUUCUACCCCGAAAACAAGCCACCACCAGCUCGCGAGAAGAUAGAGCUUGACGAUGCUAUUAUUGGAGCUUGUUCGACUCUGGCGUUUGCGGUUCCUGGCGGGAUAGGCGUUGCGGUUUCUGCCGGAAUAUCGUUGGGCUGGGUCAUCUUCCAGAACACGGAGCUGGGAAAGUUGACAGAUGCUACCUCCAAGUCCGUGCUCAAAGCACAAGACAGCACCUACGAUGGGAAAGAUCUCCAGAAGAUCAACAACCGGAUUCGUGAGACGAUUCACUGGCUUUCCGACAACCAGAAGAGCUUCUUGAACAAAGAUAUAGACGCAGCCCAGCUCAAGCGCCUUUCGGAGGAUAACCUCAAAUGGUUAGAAGCCCAGGAAAAACCCGAUGCCAGCCUGUUAUCCAUCAUAAACGAGCUAGUCGAUAUGUGGGGAUCUUGGUUCGAUGAUGCAAUUGAGCAGAGCCUCGCGCACGCGCUGACGUGUUAUUUCCUGGCCUUCAAUCGUCGAUGCUGGAUCUAUGCUCAUCAGGCGCGCCUCGCGCGUUCGAAAGCCAUCAAAGGCGAUAAUGACGGCUACAACACUGCCGUUGCCGCUCUCAAUGAUUGUAUCGGUCGGAUGAAGAAGGAGUUAAGCAGAAAGGAAGACCGUAUCAAUGAAAAGAUUAAGGAGUUCAAGGACGAUCGAAGCAACUCAUUCUCUGAUAUGUACCGCGAACAAUUAGAAACAGAUAUGAGUCCUAUCCAGGAGACUACUGGUGGAAAAUUCGCACUUGGCCCUGUUCAGCGGAGGGUAUGGAAAUUCAAUGACGAGACAGCUGGUAGGGCACACGCAUUGGUGUACGAGGAUCGUAAUGCUACAGAGGCAUUCUUGGUCUUUGGGUACAACUAUGAGUGGGAAGAGAAAAAAGCCAAAGCACGGGACUGCUACAACGACUGGAAGAAAAAGCUUAGCGAGCAUAUCGAGAGACACUACAUUCUUGUACCCAGAGUCCUCGAGGUAUGCAAGCAGUAUCUGUCCGAGGCGGAGAAGAUCCUGGAUCCAGUGGGACCGCUGCCGACACCCAUGAUCUUGGUGAGUUUGUAA